AUAACCCCAAACGGGCCCGUCUUCUCUUCAAAUUUCGAGCGAGUUCAUGAGAAACUAAAACCAAACAGGAGACUGAGUGGGAAAUAGUCUCUCUGCAGUCUGCACACGAAAUGGCUCCUCCUCCCAAGGUUCUCAUGGUUGCUGAGAAACCUAGUAUAGCUCUUUCGAUAGCUUCAGCACUUUCUGGUGGUCGAAUGUCAACGCGGAGAGGUAGUACCGAUGUCCAUGAAUUUGAUGGAACAUUUCAAGGAUCUCAUGUGCAAUAUAAAGUGACGUCUGUCAUUGGACAUGUUUUCAGUGUUGAUUUCCCACCAAAAUAUCAAGACUGGGCAGUCACUGAUCCUCUAGAUCUCUUCAGCGCUCCAAUUUUAAAGUCAGAAUCAAAUCCCAAGGCUCAUAUACGUAGGCAUUUAAGUCAAGAAGCUCGUGGGUGUGGGCAUCUUGUACUAUGGUUGGAUUGUGAUCGCGAGGGGGAGAAUAUUUGCUUUGAAGUUAUGGAGUGUACUGGAAUUCAUGGAAAAGAGGCUGGGAGAAGAGUUCAUCGUGCUCGGUUUUCUUCUGUUACUGAGAAAGACAUACUAAAGGCAUUGGACAACCUUGUUGAACCUAAUAGAGAUGAAUCACUGGCUGUAGAUGCACGACAAGAGAUAGAUUUGAAAGUUGGAGUCGCAUUUACACGGUUUCAGACUGGUUACUUUCAAGGAAAAUAUGGAAAUCUAGACUCAAGAGUCAUUUCCUAUGGGCCAUGUCAAACUCCUACUCUCGGAUUCUGUGUUCAACGGUAUAUACAAAUUACAGCUUUUAAGCCAGAAAAAUUUUGGGUGUUGCAUCCUUACCUAUUAAAAGGCGGCUAUGAGCUUCAACUUGAAUGGGAUCGCAAUAAGUUGUUUGACUAUGAUGUUGCUGUGAUGUUUCAAAAGUUGGUAAUGGACGAUGGAAGUCUAGAAGUUAUUCAUAUUUCUUCGAAGGAAGAGACCAAAAGCCGUCCUCCAGGUCUCAACACAGUGAAUAUGCUUAAGGUUGCUUCAAGCGCACUUGGUUACGGACCCCAAAUGACGAUGCAACUAGCGGAGCGUUUGUAUACUCAAGGAUUUAUCAGUUAUCCGCGUACGGAGAGCACUGCAUACCCUGCCUCAUUUGACUUUAAAAGCACCCUUGGAGCACAACUUCAUAAUCCAACAUGGGGAGGUUAUGUACGGGCUCUUUUGGAUAGUGGCUUUCAUAAACCGAAGUCGGGAACUGAUGCAGGUGAUCAUCCUCCCAUUACUCCAAUGCGUGCAGCAACUGAGGAUAUGUUAGGCAAUGAUGCUUGGAGACUAUACCAAUAUAUUUGUCAACAUUUCAUCGGGACUGUAAGUCCUGAUUGCAAACAUGUGAGGACAAAAGUAGAACUAUCUUCUGGUGGGGAAUUGUUCUACUGUGUAGGUCAGAAGGUUACAGUGAAAGGGUUUACAUCUAUUAUGCCUUGGCUGGCAGUAAGUGAGAAGAAUAUUCCUCAGUUUACAAAGGGAGAGAAAGUAAAUAUUAUGAAAGUUGAACUAUAUGAGGGUAAUACCUCACCUCCAGAUUACCUCAGUGAGAGUGAGCUGAUAUCCCUAAUGGAGAAGCAUGGGAUUGGAACAGACGCAUCUAUUUCUGUACAUAUUAACAAUAUAUGUGAGCGAAAUUUCGUGCAGGUAAAUGCUGGAAGGAGGCUGGUCCCAACGGCCCUUGGGAUCACUCUUAUAAAAGGAUAUCAGUGCAUUGAUCCUGACCUUUGUUUACCAGAUAUCCGCAGCUUUAUUGAACAACAGAUUACCCUCAUUGCUAAGGGUCAAGCAGAUCAUUCUCAUGUUGUGCAACAUGUAUUACAACAAUUUAAGCAAAAGUUCUCUUACUUUGUUAAGCAGAUUGAUAACAUGGACGCUUUGUUUGAAGCUCAAUUCUCGCCACUAGCAGAUUCAGGGCGUUUACUCAGCAAGUGUGGAAAGUGCACUAGAUACAUGAAAUAUAUCUCGAUCCAGCCUGCCCGUUUAUAUUGUGGGACAUGCGAAGAUGUCUAUUAUCUUCCACAAAAAGGCACAAUUAAGCUUUAUAAAGAAAUUGUAUGCCCUCUGGACAAUUUUGAGCUAUUACUCUUCUCGCUGGUGGGGCCAGAAGCCAAGUCGUUUCCUCUGUGUCCUUAUUGCUAUAACAAUCCUCCAUUUGAAGGUAUCGAGACACUUUUUGGUGCUCAGAAGCAAGGAAGUGCAGGGAAGUUGGGUAAGGGAGCUGGAAUGCCGUGUUUCCUCUGCCCGCAUCCCACAUGCAAACAUUCUCUGAUUGCCCAAGGAGUUUGUGCUUGUCCAGAGUGUACCGGAACCCUAGUUCUUGAUCCAGUGAGCGCUCCCAAGUGGAGACUCUACUGUAACAUGUGCAACUGCCUAGUCUUCCUUCCUGAAGGGGCCCAUCGGAUCUCAACAACUCGCGAUCGAUGCCAAGAAUGUGAUUCUACAAUUAUAGAAGUGGAUUUCAAUAAGAAGACGACACCUUUAAGCGAUGGAGCUACUUUGCACGUUGGAUGUAUUCUGUGUGAUGAGCUGUUGCAUUCGUUAAUUGAAAUGAAGCAUGGGAGGUCAUUUUUCAAAGGUAGUGGCAGAGGUAGGGGGAGAGGAAGAGGGAGAAGAGGCAGAGGGAGGGGUAGAGGAAGAGGGGAAGAUCCCAAGAUGAGUUUCCGGGAUUUUUGAGAUUGAUUAAAGAUACAUUUUUCUGCCCCAACCAUCAACAAAUGAGCAUCAUGAUAAUCGUUUCCAUCAUAAACAAUGCUCCGUCUUGGACCUGUAAACAGAUGACUCGAAGUAGAAUUUCAGUGUAUCCAGAGCUUUUAUGCUUUCAACAACAUCUAGAGGGGCAUCGGGAUUAAACUUGUUCAAUUAGCUACUUUGAUUACGUUUUUAUUCAUGUCGCUGUAUAUAUGUUUUUUUUUCAAAAGAUUCCAAGAUAAAAUUUAGUUCAGGCUUUUCAGCUUGGAGACAAACUUAGUUCACUAGCCCUGCUUCUCAGCUCUUUUCUAUUCACGAAAAUGGUGACAAACACAAUGACAAUCUGGAUCUUCACAAUUUUCUUUAUAUCCAGAAAAUCCUAAAUUUCUCAUUUCAAAUUGAGUAAAAUUUAUUCAGAAAUGCA